UUUCAGAUCAGUUCACAGCUGUUUAAAAAACAACAAUAAACAAAAUAAUACAGAAUGUUUAGUUACGUUUUGUUUGCUAAUGUUGAAACGUCAAACAGUGGAGUAAAUCUAGAUAAACACGAGCUUGAAAUUGUAAGGAAGCAACUAUGUUUAUACUUUUUGUAUUGCGAUUCUUACUAAUCGGUAUUGAUGCCUAGUACUUAAUUUCUAAUGUCAAAACCUUUAAAAAACAAACAGACCAUCCCAAGGCGGAGAUCUAUACCCGAUACAAAAGACAUUAAUUUGUGUGGAAGUGAUAAUAGUUUGAUUGAAUUUUUAAAUGAUGAUCUUAUAGUUAAGCCACCAAAGGCAAAUUCUCUUAAUAGGAGAGCUUCAGACACACUACAAUGCAGCAUUCCUCCCAAAAAACAUGCAGAUGAAAUUGAUAGAGAGCCUUCUAAAAUAAAAAGCAUUCCUUUCUUUGGAGAAGAGGGAAAAACCCACAGGAGAAGGCAUGUUCACAAUCCAAAAAUGCAAACAGAACUAAUAGACUUUUUGGAAUCAAGUGACAUCAACCUUCUAGAUCGCAUUUCUUUGGAAGGAGGAAGUGGUGAACCAAGUAUAGACAAACUGGUCAAAAGAAUGUCUGAGUUUGAAGAGUUGAAAAAGUCAGCAGUAGUCCCAAUAACGGACAUCUCACCAGUCAAGAAAAAGAAAGCGCCCUCAAAUCUGUGUGAUAUCAAAGUUGUUAUUGCUGCAUUGAAGGACAGUCCAGGCUUCACAUUCUAUUAUUUGGUUUGGGCAGUUCCACUGUGGUCAGAGUUCUACACACCUUACUGUCUCAAAUUAGUUCCUUAUGAACAUGUUGACAAGAGCAACUUCCUCACAAUUAGCACAAAAGGGGUAACUCACCACUUAGAAGGAAAUAUGAUGUUCACACCUCUGGAUGAGUGGGAACGUGACUAUGACAUCUACUGCAAGUUAAUGAAGAUCAAAACAUUUGCCCAUUUUAUAAUGUGGAAGAGCUUCUACGUGUGGCACAAGAACAUGGCUUGGCACAAGGUCAUGGUAGCCAGAGAAUCUCUCAAGAAAGCUUUGUUAUAUUUGAAUCCCAUUCUUGGUCGGGCAUUGCUAGAUGUAAUGGAAUUGUGUUGGAAAAUAAGCAAAAUAUCAUUUGUAGACUUGACUGUCACAGAGAAAAACACUCUUUUGGAUUUUUGUAGCAACCAGCUUCUUCUAAAAAGCAAACUAGAAGUUCGUUUGCUAGAAUUCAGAGAACUUGUGAAGGAAAUAGUAAACACAGCUUGCCAUGGGGCAUUGUUAGUUGUGGGAUAUACUCCUGAUGAUGCAAAUUUAAGAGUUCCGGAUCAUAUUGUAGGCACAAUUGCAAUGCGUGGAAUAAAAACAUCCCGGGAUGGGAAGUACCGGAUGACAUAUGGGGACCAAGCUCUGAAGAAAAAGACGUGUGUUAGGCUUGCCAGCUUUAUUCAGCUGGUAGACUUCCUUGUGCAAACAGUGUUCCACAACAUGGUUAGAACCACUCUGACUGAAGUAGUCAAUGUGUUGACAGUACACAUGCAACACCUGCCAUCCGAACUGCUAGUCAAGUCAGCAGACCUCAGUAUGGUGCUGGAGGAACCUAGAAGCAAUCCUCCCAGGUACACAUGCAACACCUGCCACCCAAACUGCCAGUCAAGUCAGCAGACCUCAGAAUGGUGCUGGAGGAACCUAGAAGCAAUCCUACCAGGAUAUGUAAAAGAUAGAUAUCCUGGCAUAGACAGUUAUCUACACAAUGUUCUGGACUCCUCCAACUAA